AAAAUAGCUACAUUACCAUCAUUGCUUCUCCUAUUGAAAACUGCUCGUCAUUCAAAAUUAUAAGAAGGUUUUUUUGCAAACUCAGUGCAAAAAUAAAACGAAAAUUUGAUUAAACAACACGAAUAGCUGUUAAAAGAAAGAUAAAUUAUAAAGCAAAAUGUUCGGUCGUCAAAGUGGUCUUAGUAGUAGCGGAGGCAGUGGUUCCAAUUUAGUGGAAUUUCGUGCUGGAAGAAUGAAUUUAAUUGGCAAGAUGGUACAUCCCGAUACCCGUAAAGGUUUGGUCUAUUUAACACAGGGUGAUGAUGGCUUAAUGCACUUCUGUUGGAAGGAUCGUACUACCGGCAAGGUUGAAGAUGAUUUAAUUGUGUUCCCGGAUGAUUUUGAAUUUAAACGGGUUGAGCAGUGCAAGACAGGCCGUGUUUAUGUAUUGAAAUUUAAGACCUCCAGUCGCCGAAUGUUCUUCUGGAUGCAAGAAACCAAGACAGAUAAAGAUGAGGAUUUAUGCCGUCGCGUCAAUGAAACAAUGAAUAAUCCCCCAUCUGCCUCUCGUGGUGGUCAAGAUGGUGGCGAUUUGCAGUACAUGUUAAAUAAUAUGUCGCAACAACAGUUAAUGCAGUUGUUUGGAGGCGUAGGACAAAUGGGAGGACUUAGCUCCUUGUUGGGUUCCAUGAAUCGCUCUUCGGAUAGUUUACGUACUCCAACAUCAAAUCGUACCAGUUCAAGUGCUGCUGCUGGUCUUUUAACUCCAGAGAAUACUUCAUCCACCCCACGUACCCCUUCAGCUCCCAAGGGUAAAAGCAGUAAGAGUGCAAGCACUACAGGAGGUGACAACAGUGGCAGCAGCGGUAAUAAUUCCGGAGGUACAACAGCUGGUGGUAAGAAAUCAUCUAAUAUUUUCACACCCACCAAUGCAUUCCAAUCCUACUUAUCCAACCUCUCACCCGAAGCUGGCUCCGGUCGUUCACUCAACAUUGAUCUUUCAUCCGCUUUGGCUGGUUCGGAAAUUGUCAACGAACUCAUAUCUGAUCCGGAACGUGUGAAUACUCUAUCCGUUCACCUGCCUGAAACCGAGGAUGCCGAUGAGGAUAAAAAACAGCAAAUUAAAGACACAAUAGCUUCUCCCCAAUUCCAACAGGCUCUGUCUCUUUUCUCCAAUGCCUUACAGUCGGCCCAAUUGGGACCCGUGGUCUCGCAGUUCGAGCUUACUCCCGAAGCCGUGGCCGCCGCCUAUUCUGGUAAUUUGGAGGAGUUUGUCAAAGCAUUGGAAAAAGCCUUACCAGCUGGUGCUUCUAUGUCAUCGCCCACCAGUUCAAAGACUAAAGAUUCCGCUGCUGAAGUCAAGAAAGAGGAAGAGGAUAAGUCAGGCGAAAAGAAGGAAUAGUUGUCACGUUUAAUUUAUUCAUAUUUUUCCAGAAAAGGCGCAUAUGUCGUCAAUUAUUCUUAUCACAGUUUGUUUUCUUUUCUGUAAUGUUUUGUUUUGAAGCUAUUCUAAAUCUCAUUCUUAAACGGACUGAGAUCUUAUAUAUAGACACACACAUCAUACAUUCUUACACACGUGCAUAUAUUCAUAAAAUAGCCAUGCAAAAAGCUUUCUUCACUUUGCCUAAUGAAAAAUAUUAAAAACCAUUAUAUUCAUUAACACA